AUGGCACCAACGCGUAUUAUACUCGACACCGACCUGUCCAUGGGCGCAGGCGCGGACGUCGAUGAUGGUUUUGCCCUCGCUCUGGCACAUGCGGAUCCAGACAUUAAGCUGGACUUGAUAACCACGGUGAACGGCAACACUGAUGUCGAAAGCGCUACAGUCUUGACCGGUGUCCUACUCAAUCGCCUCGGUAUCAAUGAUGUACCCCUCAUCCAAGGUUCGGCCACUCCCAUCAUCCACACUGAUUUGAAGCGUACGCCCGCCUCGCACGUUCUCAAGCUGAAAGAGAGUGCACGGCCUCGGACCUUGGGCUAUGCCCCCGUAGCCAUAGUCGAGCACAUCCUUACCAAUCCCGGUGACAUCACACUCGUCGCCAUCGGACCUCUCACCAAUGUGGCUAUCGCCUUGUUGCUCGACCCUCGGAUAAAGUCGGCUAUCAAGGAGCUUGUUAUCAUGGGAGGGCUCUUCUUCGGAACCAUGUACUCCCGAGAUAAGCCGGGGGAGUUCAACGUCUUCUCCGAUCCCGAGGCUGCCCGCGCCGUCCUUCGUUCCGGCAUCCCGCAGCGUUGGAUCGGUCUUGACUGUACACUUAAAGUUCGGUUAACCAUGGAGGAUGCCGAAGACCUCAAGCAGUCUCCCUCGAGUUUCGCAUCUUUUGCCGGAGACGCCUCUGCCACGUACAUAAAACACCAAGCCGUUAGGUUUCCGGGGAGACCUAAAAUGACCUCUGUCCCAAUGCACGACCCUCUGGCCGUUGCUGUUGUAUCGAGGCCUGACUUAUGCGAGUACAAGGAUAUGGCAGUGUCAGUUAUCACGGGAAAUGGUGAAGCGCGCGGCGUCCUGAUUGCAGACCGAUUAGAGACGCCCUCGCCCCCUACACCGAAUUGUCGGGUCGCUGUCAGCGUUGAUGCCGAGGCGUUCCGAUCGCAUUUUCUAUCGUUGAUCAAGACGCUAUAA